AUGAGCUUGGCUUCACACGUUAUCAACAGGACCGUUAUGGAAUCAAAUUGCAUUAUCAUGGGACCUUUAUAUAUUCUUCUAAAGAAAAAUAUGAAAAAGGUAGAAAAACUCAUUGAUGAAGCACAGGAAAUUUUUACAUUAAAAAACAAAGUGCAAGAAACUAUUGGGCAGGCGGCGAACCAGCAAAGAAGAAACGAACUUGGCAUGCUUACUGCAGAUGUUACUACUGGAGAUAGACAGAAGACUACAGCAUAUCCAGUGGGAAAGAUAACUGACAGAGAUAAUAUUUGUCAGGACAUAAGAACAAUGCUUCAUGCGUCAAAAUGUGAUGUAGUUGGCAUUUAUGGCAUUGCGGGGUCUGGGAAGACAACACUUGCACAAUAUGUUUGUAACGCUAUGAAAGAGGAAGAGGGAGAGAAAGAGGAAAGGAAACGCCAUUUCCACCUUUUUAUGUGGAUUCACGUCACCCAGAAGUUUAGCGUGCAUGCCAUUUUCAGUGAGAUGUUGGAAGCAGCUUCAGGUAAAAAGGCUGAAUAUGCUAGCCUUGAUGUGAUGCAGAAAAAAUUAGAGCAUGAGCUAAGCACAAAAAGAUUCUUAUUGGUACUUGAUGAUGUCUGGUGCAACAAGGAUGCCGAUGAUCAAAAUCUGCAACAGUUGAUUUUUCCAUUGAAAUUUGGGUUGGAAGGAAGCAAGAUCCUAGCCACAAGUCGAAAUAAAGGUGCAUUUGCAGCUCUAAGUCCUGAAGUGACAUGCACUUCCAUUCGAAUACCAGACUUGAAGGAUGAAGACUUCCAUGAAAUGUUCAUGUAUUAUGCACUUGGAAGUUCAGGGCUCGUUGACCCUAUGCUUGGAGAACUGGAAGAGAUUGGGGCUGAAAUAGCGAAGAAGCUAAAGAGGUUAUCUCUAGCGGCCAGAACCGUGGGAGGACAGCUACGUAGAAAACAAGAUGUUUGGUUCUGGAGGAGUGUGCAAGUUAGGGACCUUUUGAACGAGACGACUGGAGCUCUUUGGUGGAGCUACCAGCAAUUUGAUGAGCAUGUGAGGCAAUGCUUUGCUUAUUGCAGUAUAUUUUCCAGAAGACAUCAUUUCAAACGUGAUGAGUUAGUACAGUUCUGGAUGGCAGAAGUGUUUAUAGAGACAACUAAUGCUGUACAGGAUCCAUAUGAUGUUGGUCAGAAUUACUUUGAUGAAUUGUUGUCGGCCUCAUUUCUGCAAUUAGGAGAGAGAAUAGUGGAACAUGGAUCUGAGGUUGAUUAUUUCACUGUUCAUGACCUGCUGCAUGAUUUAGCAGAGGAGGCUGCUAGAGGAGAUUGCUUCAGAAUCGAGGAAGGUGUCACAGAAGAAGUUCCUCCAGCUGUUCGUCACCUAUCUGUUGGGAGUUGUGAUAUAAAGAUGCCUACAGAGAAAAUAUUUGAAUUGCAGAAUUUGCGCACUCUUAUCAUUGAUUGCUAUAUAAAGAUUGAUUCAACUGAUGAAAAAGUCUUCGAGAGAAUGUUCAAGAGGUUGAAGAAAUUGCGGGUGCUGGUUUUAAGUUUCUCCGCAGAUGAUGGUUAUAUAUUCUCACUUCCAGCAUGUAUUGGUCUGUUAAAGCAUCUAAGGUAUUUUGCUUUCAAUGUGAGAGGUAGAGCAAGAAUAAUUAUGCCAAACAGUGUUACCAAGCUUUACCACAUUCAGGCGCUAGACAAUUAUAGUAGCGCUGGUGUGGUUUUUACUGGUAGUAAAAAUAUUAGUCAGCUCAUUAACUUGCGGUGUAUACGCAGCAUGGAAAUUUUUCCAGACAUUGGCAGGCUGAAAUGGCUCCAAAAGUUAGAACGCUUCAGUAUAAGCAAGACACAGGGGUACGAGCUACGACAAUUGAAGGACCUAAGCAAGCUUGAAGGCGUGCUAAUUAUCACGGGUCUUGAGAAUGUCCAAAGCAAGGAAGAAUCUAUUGAAGCCAGUCUUGCACACAAGGACCGGCUGACACAACUUACACUAUCCUGGGGUGAUACGAGUUGCAGUCCAGAAGUUGAAGCGGAGGUGCUUGAGGGCCUUUGCCCACCGAAAUAUCUUGAGAGACUAGAAGUUAUGGAUUACCAUGGUUCAAAGUACCCAGAUUGGAUGGUGGGUCAGCAGAAUGGCAGCCCAAUGCAUUUGCGUAAUCUUUGGCUCUUCGGUUGCAGCCGACUUGAAUCAGCUCCUGAACUUUUUGAGGUCUUUGUGCAUCUUCGUUGGUUUAGGCUUUCGUUCAGCAAUUGGCAUUCCUUGCCAGAUAAUAUGGAGCGGCUGGCGUCACUCCUGUUACUGGAAAUUCAUCGUUGUCCGAAUAUUCAAUCACUUCCAGCACUGCCCUCCUCCCUUGAGAGGUUUUUUCUCAGGUCCUGCAGCGAGGAGUUGAUGAGUUCAUGUGAAACAAUUGGACAUCCAAACUGGCAAAAGAUUCAGCGCAUUCCCUAUAUUUCUAUUAUCCGUGAUUAA